UCAACGCCUAAUCAACUCACAUUCAUAGGAGGCGGAUGUCUCGCACAGGCCCUCAUAAGUGGAAUUUAUUCAACAAAUACUAGCUGGAGAGAUGGAUGCAAAAUCUCGGUUACCGCUCGUCGACAGGAGCGAAUCGACGAAUUGAAAGCGAAGUUUCCCCUUGCUACUGUUACGAGUAAUAAUCUGGACCCGGCCAUUUGGAGUACAGCCACCUCACAACAAUCCGACUCUCAUGUUGUUCUUAUCUGUACUCUUCCAAUAGAUGUGCCAAAGGUCUGCCUAGAGUUGGCUGGCAUCAUUAAAACUCUUGAUGUAACAUCACGGCCAACUGUGGUUACAAUGUGUCCUGGGAUUUCAGUAGCUCAGCUCCAGAGCUGGCUUCCUGAAGAAACUCCAGUUGUAAGAUCAAUGCCUAAUACGCCUGUUAUGUGUCGCCAAGGAGCUACGGCUUUAUUUCCAAGCGACAGCGCACUCUCACGGAUAGAGCUUGUCGCUGCCGUGUUCCGCGAGGUAUCCCCAGCAAUUAGCGUCCUUCCUCAGGAAUCCCUGCUUGAUGUAGUCGCAGCAAUAUCUGGUUCCGCCCCGGCACAUUUUUAUUAUCUUAUCGAAUCCAUGAUUACUGCAGCAGAGUCUCAUGGUUUACCGACAGACAUUGCCCGCAGUCUGAUC